UUACAGAUUAAAUUUCAAAAAUCUAACAAUGAGAUAUUUACAUUUGCAUUUAGUCAUUUAGCAGACGCUUUUAUCCAAAGCGACUUACAAAUACUAUUAAAUGAGAUAUUAAAUUAGUUUGUAUCAAAACUUUAUGUAUCCUUCUUUAAAUUUAUUGUGGUGUUUCAAUGCAUAUUAUCCAAACUGUAGUUGUGUUGCAAAACUCAGUCACAGUGCGUUCAGUGUGGGGGCUCUGUUAACUCGCUUGCAGGAGACACCGCAAGAUCUGUACAUUACAGCAACCUGACCACCCACAGUUGGGCCGUCCCAUGACUCACAACACCAACACCUGACUUCACAAUAUGCUAGAUCAAUGUUUGUGAACCCUGUUCCUGUAGCUCAUUAAAGGUGAAUUGGCUGUGUAAAAUCGAAGGUAAACAUCCCUAAUGUGCAGUUUUGGGUGAACAGGGAUGCUAAAUAAUGGCAGUGCCAUCUGCAAUGGUGGACAGCCAGGUAAGUGAAGUUCUUUAUGGAAGCUUUUAUUAAAAUGGGGUCUGCUGACUCUUAGGCAUCCAUCUGAAAUAGCCAGAGAGUCUGUAGAAAGUUGCUGUGAAAAAUCUGACUGCCACACCAUAGUUAGCAAAAUGAAAUGACUGUGUGAUUUCAAAUUUCUACAUAUAGGUUAAAAAAUGUAUUUAUUUAGGAGUUUUAAUCUGAAAAUCAAUCCAACCAGCUUCAGUGUAAAUCAUAUUACACAUUUGAUUCUUAGCUAACAAAUGUCUGGAAAACACAACCUCAAAAAAAAAUAAAAAUAAAAAAUUGUUAUUUGGAACCUUAAUUUUUUAGAAUGUAUGGGAAAUAUAACAAUUAAAAUCAGUUCAUCUUGAGAAAAUGGUAUCACAAAGUUUAGAGCUGUUGUUCUCAUAGUGUGAGGAACGUUUUAAAAAUCUAAAAAACCUUUUGUGGAAUGCCAAAGUUACGUGGACGUUCAGCGUAACUGGAACUAGAACUGGUCUGUUGUACUUCUGUCUAUCUAAUUUGGAACCUUUUGUGUUUCAAUUAUACAACUGCAGCUUAGCAUUAUUACAAUAUUUAUAUUCUUCCCCAGAUAUUCUCCUCUCCAUCUGUUCAGCAUUCAUUGCUAUAUUCAACGAUACAGCAUAGUGGCUGGCCCUGACUGUCAAUGUUGUCCAGCUACCAUUAACUGGCAAAAGACCAGCAGGAAAUUCAUGCUGGGCAUUUCAGCAGGAACAUUUUUUUCUCUUCAUUGCACUGUUUAAAGUAAUAAUACUACAUUUAAUAAUAUGUUUCCAAAGUCUAUACCCACAUAAUGCAUUUGUAUCAGGAUCUACUCAAUAAGUGGGUGUAAAAUUGUUUUAUUAGUUUGGAGAGUUCCUCAACAAAGUGCAUCCCUUGGGGACAAUUCUGUUGUAAGACAAGAUUCUUGUUUUACAAGCUACAAAUCUAUAGUGAAUUGUAACACAUCCCACCACAGUCACCAUGUGAUCGGUAUGUAUUGCAAUGACGAAUAUUUGUAGUACAUGCUUGCGUGAGAUGGGUUUGUGUUGUGCUUGAGGUGCCAGCGGGGGUGUUGUCCCCCCCCCCCUCAUGCUGUUCUGCACUGGGAGAAUCAGAGAAGGAAAGGCUGAGGUGAUUCACACAUGAGUCAACAGCUAUCAGCUAUAUAAGCCUGACCACUCAUGGAGCCUGGGCAUCAUACAGACCUCAGAUCGCAAAGGUAUUGCUGCGCUGUUGCAAAGUUAAAGACCACUCAACACAGGAAGCAUGUAUUUUCCAGCUCUUCUCUACCCCUGCAUUUUGGGCACGCUCAGUCUGGUUCAUGGCAUUCCUGUUCAUCAGGAUAGCCUGAAAAACUUGGUCAAACUGCAGGCAGACACCAUCAUCCUCAGAAUCAAGGAUCACAAUGAGAAGCUGAAACUAUCUCCAAAGCUCGUCAUUGGCGGUCCAGAACUUUACCCUGAGGUUCCUGCUGAUAAACCCCUCCAAGGUCUCGGGUCUAUCAUAGACACACUAACUACCUUCCAGAAGGUUCUUCAAAGGCUGCCCAGGGGGCAUGUGAGCCAGAUACGCAAUGAUUUGUCCACACUUCUGGGUCACCUGAAGGAAAGAAUGAACUCUAUGCGUUGCACACUCAAGGAGCCAGCUAACGAGGGGUCACUGGACGCUUUCUUGGAGAACAACGCCACCCACCACAUUACUUUUGGGCACUUGGCUUUAGACAGACUGAAACGGUUCAUGCAAAAGCUGAUAGCUAAUCUGGACCUUUUGAAAAGCUGCUAAUUUGUUAUUAUUGUAGCAUUAAAAAUAUACUAUUUAUAAUAUUUAUUUAAAACCCUGUAUAUUUAUAGACUGAUGCAGCAUUUUGACACAUUUUGAUAUGUACAAAUUUAUUCCCUGAUAGUAAACAGGAAGCUAAAAAUGCUGUUUCGAUGUCAUGGCAUGCCAAGCAAUCUGUCCUUGCUACGUAAACACUAACAAUCUGAUACCUGCACAGAUUGCCAUGUCAUACUUCAUGCUGUCUGCAGGAUGACAUCAGCAUUUGCUGAGCGUGCUCAAUGAUGUCACUGUGUUUACCAGAAGCGACGAGGUCAGACUCUGCUGGGAAGCUGGAAUCAUGUUCCCAUUUUACUUCUUGCUGCAACACCAGCAUUGUACACUCACAAAAAAGGUACAAAAGCUGUCACUGAGGCGGUACCUUUUCAAAAGGUACAAAUAUGUACCAUUACGGUACUAAUAUGUACCUUUAAGGAACUUAAAUGCACCC